CAUGGAAUGUGCGUGUGCAGCACUGGGUGGAUUGGAGCUAACUGUUCUAUACCAGUCUGCCGUAAGCAAUGCCUUUUCGGUGGCAAAUGUAUUCUACCUGACAAAUGUGAAUGUAAGAAUGGGACAGGAGGUCGAAGAUGUCAAAGAGGCCUUGGCAAAUGCAGAAGAAAAUGUGAAAAUAAUGGUAUUUGUUUUAAAAAGAAUAGAUGCCUUUGCAGAGACGGUUUUAUUGGUAAAUAUUGCAGAAGAGUUCUUUGUAAACAUUCUUGUGGAGAGCAUGGUCGAUGCGUCCAAAAAAAUAGAUGUCGAUGCCUUAACGGUUGGCAUGGUAAAAGAUGUCACAGAACACCAAAUCAAACAAGCCGACGUAAGCGAAAGCGUCAAAGGAGAAAGAGACGAAGAAAUAAGAAGCUUAUUUCAAACGCUAUAA